UUGGCUGACCUCCAGGCUACCAGGAUCUACCCGCUGCCAGGCAUGUGCAGGAUGGCUGCAGCGUGUUUCACACUCCAGCUGUGUGUGCUUCUUUGUGUAUCUCUGAGUGUGUGUGUGUGUGUGUGUGUGUUAGGUGGCCUUUCAUUGGUCGCUUCCUGCACUUUUUGUUGUGUCUUUAUCCGUUUGAUCCAGCAGAUUCAUCCGGUGACCUUUUCCCCGUCAUUCAGACUGCACAAAACACAAAGACACACACACACAUGCGCACACAGAACAAUGGGUGGAUUAGCCCAGUUUUUGGUAAUGCUGUGUUAAUAGGCAGCAGAUUACCUGGUUUUGCUGCAGGAAACAGAGAUGUGUUUGUUCACGGGUAAUGAGGCUUUCAGUUCAAACACUGAGACGGUCUUUAUGUUUUAUCAGCUGACCUCAGGUCAGCUUGUAACGACCCAAAACACAGAAGAAUAUCUGUGCCGUGUAAAUAAAACAUCAUGUGAACAAGUGUAAUAUCAGAGUGCUGGAGUGAUGUCGCAUGUUUAUGUUUCCAACAAUCACGUCUGAUGGCGAGGACGUCAGCGCCCAAUGAUCAUUUAGCAUCUAAAAACACAGCGCUAGUCUAAUCAGGCUACCACUUGGUGAGGAGAUGCUAGUGUGAAACCCACACUUCAACACGAGACUCCGCCCAGCACUGGCAGAGCGCUUGCCAUGAGACAGGAAGAGGAAACGUUAUAAUCUUAUUAACAAAAGAUGAACGCGCCACACAACUUUGCAGGCAGGAGGCGUGUUUCCGUGUUCAUCCUGCUGCACAGUCACAGCGUCGCUGACCGAAAUCAGGCUCUGGCUGCAGGACUGGAGUCUGCAUGCACUGGAUCAUCACUCUGGGUUUUCGGCUAGCUUAGCGUGCAGAUCACCAAAGAACCUUUGUAAGGACAUAACUUAGUACAGUUACUGUUACUGCCUUCCUGAAAAAUGUAAUGUGAUUACAGUAAUUUGUUACUUUGUUGCACCCAGUGCUUGUUUCAGUGAAAGGAUGGAGACGAUGUUCUUUGUGUUUGCAUUAAUAAACGAUUCAUAGAUUCAAUGAAUUCAUUUCAUUAGUAUUUGUUUGUUUUCCAUCACCAUAAAUUUUCCUGGUAUGAGUUUGAGGCUGCAGCAGUUUGGUUUUUAGUUCCUCUCAGUUUUUCUCAGCGGAGCCAUGAGUGAGUGGCGUCCUGUCGAUCUGCUGUGAUCAGUAAUCGUUAAUAUUAAUUAAAGUACGGAUGCAGAAGCGUGUUUUGUCCCAGGGCACUGACCUGAAGCCUGUUCUCUACAUUUGUUUCUGUUUCCUUUACUGCUGGGUUGGAGCGUGAGGUCAGGUGGGGUUGGGUGAAGCUAAACGGACAGAGAGCAGACACAGCGAGCAGCUUUGGAGCGAGUCGCCGCUCGCUGUUUUCACAGUCGUUCUGAAGCGGCGCUGAAACACUGUUUAUGAAUUUAUCCGGCUUAGACCAGCUCUCUCCGCCCGGCUGCAUCAUCACACACACACACAGGCUGAAGGUGAGCGGUCAGAUUUAAAGCUGCUGCAUGUGCAGGGUGCAUGAACCCGCUGCAGUAUCAGGAUCUGUAUCAGGCACCAGCUGUGACAGAUGUGGCGGUUUCCCUGCUGGAAGAUUUACACUUAUUAACCCGGCGAGGCUGCAGAGAGAGAGUGAGCGUGAAGCGCUCCGGAUUAGACCCGGCCUGUGUGAAACACUGCAGCACACCAGCACUUUACCCAUAAGCAGCACUAAAGCAGAGAGGAAUUAUGGGAACUUUUUCUAUCACGUAUGAUUUUGAAGAGUCCUUUAGUGUGAGCGUGGACUGCUGUCACACUCCCGGAUGUGUGAUGUGCUUCCGUGAAGCUAUUCCUGCACAUGAACUCAGAGCUCCCACUGCUGGGAAUACUCCUCGUGAUCGAGGCAGGAGGUUACCUGCGCCGGGGCACUGGCUGAUGGCGAGGAGGACGUGGGCGUGUGUGUGAGUAACAGCACAGGACUGUAACGAGCUGUGUGGGGCUCAGCACCAACACCGCCAGGUCGGUGGUUGGAGCAUCUCCGCGCUCGAUGGCGUCCUCCUCGCGUGGUGCUUUUGUUGCUUGUGGAGGAAAUCACUUCCUGUGUGUGUUCUGAUUAGCGUUCUGUGGGAUCGUUGGCUUUUGUCUGUUUGAUGUGCAGCCAGCAGGACGUCUUUUUCCCGGGAAACCUGGUGCAGAACAAACAGAAGUGGGAGCGCUCCGGCUGAUUUCUCCCACCGAACGCCGGCAAACAAAUCACAAUCAAAUCUGACUGCAGACUUUGCAUGAUGCAGGGACUUGAGCGCACUCCCCGUGGCUGCGCGUCACUGCUGCAGGAUCUGCUCUUUCAUUAUUUUCUGCCGUCCUCCCCUCAUUUCUCUCCUCCUUUAAUUUUCUCCCUCGCCGCCUCGUGCUCCAUCUGAACUAGUCUCUCUUUUCGGCUCAUUUGCUCAGACCUGUCGGCUGUCGCCGCCCAUAACUCACCUCCCGUGCUCGCCGCUCGGAGGCUCAGUGCUCACAUCUCUUUUAUUUCCACGACGGCUGCGGCAGACCUCCACGCUCCCUCCGCUGAUCCCGGCAUCGCAUCCAUCCACAUCUGGACCUCUCGCUGCCUCCGGAGGCCCGGAGCAGCCAGAGAUGUGAGAGAGUCACUAAUGUGGCCCCGAGUUAGAUCAUCCCGCUAACAGAGGGUCUUCAUCAGGAUAAUGGACUCAUCUCCUCCCUCACUGUCAGUAAAGCUCACGUCUAUUCAUAUAUGUCCAAGAGUUCUUCCGCUGAUGCUCGUUUUCCUGAGGAUCCGUUUGAGUGAAAGUCCAAAGUCUGCGUGUCGACGCUCGGAUUCACCAACAGGAAGUGUCAGAUCCCACGCUGCUCCUCUUUCCUGUGCUGAAGCUGUCUCAGCAUCCAGGAUUACUGAGGGCGGGUGUUAUCAGCCUGUGCUGCAGAGGACUGCUGACUGCUGCAGUCAUCUCUGCUGCUUGUGUCAGAGGUGAAAGGUCACCGCAGCAGAGACUGAGCAUAAAGGCAGGACAGCUGACAUGUGACCUCAUUUACAUGGACGGAUAUCAGCUAAACAAACACACAUUCCGAAGUUACUACUAUGAAUUAUAGUUAUGAGUUGUAAUUGUCAGAGAGGGUCAAAGGUCACAUUCCGGCGGCACUGAUAUUGUAUCCUGCUGUUUUAGCCGUGGUCCUGCUGCUCCCAGUGGUCACUCGUGGCAUUGCAAAAAACCCAACAAACUCGCCUGAAGGAAACACCUGUGGACCGCAGACAGCACUGAGCAUGUGCAGAAGGCCACAGUGCAGGUGUUGAGCGCUCAGCUCCAGGUGAACUGGUGGUUUUUAUGUUAACUGGUCAGAUUGGUUUCCAUAUUCUUCUCCGUUUGAGCUUCACGUGAAUCUGCAGCCAGUAAGACGCCUGCUCCUGUCGGACUCUCGGCUUUAUUGGACUCACCUUUCCAGGUGGAACCAGGUCUGGGAACGCCCCGGCUUCCUGCUCCUCCUGCUUCUCUGGUUGGUGCUCUGCUGGAGGGUGUAGCUCGUUUGGAGGCUUGGUGGUUGGAUGAUGUUGUUGGUCCUUUGUGUGUGCAGGUUUUUCUGAAGCAGUUUUCAUGUCUUUGCUUUUUCCGAGUGUCCCACAGUGCUUCCAGGUAUGUCCCGGCUCAGGUAUGGAAAGGUGGAUGAAUGAGACGGAGUUCAUGGAUAACAUAAAACUGGAGCAAAUCUGAUCCGGCUGUGUUGUUAGAGGAGUGUGAGUCAGAGAUAUCCUGACUGGAGCAGGGAUCGAGCCCUCCUCUCUCUCUGGACCUGAACCCUCCGGCCGGCUGUGGUCAGAUCUGCCGGUGUCCAGGUCUCAGGGACACCUGCGCCCCUCCCACAAUGCACCUGGAUGAAGACGAAAGGCCUGACCUCCUCCUCUCUCCCACUGUGUCUCAGCAGAUCAGGAUUAGUCAGGACUACAUCUGGAUCUGGACUUCUGCUACCUGGAUUUGGGCCUUUCUGUGCUCUGAUUGGCUCUGCCGAGAAGCUGCUCAUGAUUGGACCACCUGAAUUCGAGGACGUCUGAGGGGGUGCACCCCCGCCUCCUGACUUCCUGUUUGCUUUGCUGCUGUCACUUGAGCAUCCAGAGGCUUCACCUGUCCGUCGCAGCAGAUUUUCACUCUGUAAAAAUCUGACGUCCACCAUGACCUGCUGACAUCACCGUUCCACCGCCCCCUCCUCCUUCCAUUUCUUUCCUCGCAAUGGCCCUGACCUGUUGGCUGUCGCCAUGGCGACCCCCAACCCUGCUGCUGCUGCUGCUGCUCACUUCCUGGUUGCCGGCUGAGUCAGCUUCAACCACGGCCUUCCCCAAAGACCUGGAGCCGAUCAGCGUGGUCAGCUCAGAGCAGUCGUUUCAGUACCCGGGGUUUCAGGGUUUGCUUCAGGACAACGACACGCUGAGGCUGGGCCUGGACUUCCAGAGGAUGCUACGGAUCAACCACGUGCUGUACAUCGCAGCGAGGGAUCACGUGUUCGCAGUCAACCUGACGAUGGCUUCAGGGGAGGUCGUCCCACAGCUGAAGCUGACGUGGAAGUCCAACGACGUCAGCAAGUGCACGGUCAGAGGGAAGAACAGCGACGAGUGCUACAACUACGUGAAGGUGUUGGUGCCUCGAAACGACGAGACGCUGUUUGCCUGCGGGACCAACGCCUUCAACCCGACCUGCCGAAACUACAAGAUGACCUCGCUGGAGCAGGUCGGGGAGGAGCUGGUGGGUCAGGCUCGCUGUCCCUUCGAGUCCGGUCAGUCCAACGUGGGACUGUUCGCUGGUGGAGACUUCUACUCGGCCACCAUGACGGACUUCCUGGCCAGCGACGCCGUCAUCUACAGGAGCCUGGGCGAGGGCCGCCCCGUCCUCAGGACCGUCAAAUACGACUCCAAGUGGCUGCGAGAGCCGCACUUCCUGCACGCCAUCGACUACGGGAACUACGUCUACUUCUUCCUGAGCGAGAUUGCAGUGGAGUACACCACGCUGGGCAAGGUGGUGUUCUCUCGGGUGGCCCGGGUCUGUAAGAACGAUAACGGGGGAUCUCCCAGAGUCCUUGAGCGAUACUGGACGUCCUUCCUGAAGGCUCGGCUCAACUGCUCGGUGCCCGGAGACUCCUUCUUCUACUUCGACGUGCUCCAGUCGCUCACCAAUGUGCUGCAGAUCAACCAGAGACCCGCCGUGGUCGGCGUCUUCACCACUCAGGCCAACAGUAUCCCCGGCUCGGCCGUCUGUGCCUUCUACAUGGACGACAUCGAGAAGGUGUUCAACGGGAAGUUCAAAGAGCAGAGGACCAGCGACUCCUCCUGGACUCCCGUACCCGACGAGCAAGUCCCCAGACCGAGGCCUGGUACGUGUGCAGGCGACGGCUCGGCUUCAGAAUACAAAUCGUCUGUUCAGUUCCCGGACGACACGCUGACCUUCAUCAAGUCGUAUCCUCUGAUGGACGAAGCUGUUCCCUCCGUCAACGACCGGCCCUGCUUCACCAGGACGUCCAGCAGGUCCAAGUUGACCCAGAUUGUGGUGGAUGUCUCUGCCGGGCCUUUCAAGGACCGGACGGUGAUGUUCCUGGGCUCAGACGAUGGGCGGGUCUUGAAGGUUUUGGCCAGCACCCAUCCAAAUGACAGCUUUGGAUCCAAACUGCUGGAGGACAUCGACGUCUACAACCCGUCCAAGUGCAACGUUCAGGGUCAGGAGGACAGGAGGGUUCUGGGCCUGGAGCUCGAUAAGGACCAUCACGCCUUGUUUGUGGCUUUCAGCAGCUGUGUGAUCAGAGUGCCGCUCAGCCGCUGCGCCCAACAUGGAGCCUGCAAAAAAGCCUGCCUGGCCUCUCGUGACCCAUACUGUAUCUGGCUUCGGACCGGGAGCUGCGCCAACGUUGCGCCGGGUUUCAAGGCGGGGUUUGAGCAGGAUAUCGAGGGCGACCACUCGUUUCAUCCGGACAGCUGCCGCGCUGACGUGUUGGCUACGACACGGAACCAGGAGUCCACCGCCGACUCCGCCUACGGCGUGCGGCGCCCUCCGGACAUGGACCAACGUGCCGGUGCUAACGUGCAUUACACGCUGCUGAUCGCCUGCGUGCUGGUGGCCUUCUUCCUGGGCGCCAUCUUGUCGGGUUUCCUGGUGUCAUGCUACUGCGGUGGCAGCGCUGCCCACCGGGCUCGGAGGCUGGGGAAGGACCCGGAGGCGUCGCUGCCUCACGCCCUGUCGCUGCGAUCCCUCGCCAAGCUCAACGGGCUGCUGGACGGACAGCCCAAGGAGGACAAACUGGACGUGUCCACCCCAAAGAUGUACAGCUCCUUCAUCCCCAACGGCCGGGCCGAGCAUCACCUCCACAGCCCCGUGCACCAGGGCCUCCCGCUGGGCGACCCCGAGCUCAGCCUGUCCCAGUCUCUGUCACAGGGGGAUGGCGAGCUCUCCGGCCUGCCCACGCCCGACUCCACCCCGGAGCUUCCCAUCAAGAACAUGAAGGCGCUGCGACACCAUCAGUACGAGAAGAACCAGAACUGCAACAACGCCAGAGACAAGCCCAGCUGCUCCGCCUCCAGUCUGGGAUUCAUGGCCGUCGUCGGGAACUCCAUAAACCAGCAGGUGUUUCCCUUCCCUCAUCACCACGGCAACAGUUUAAGCAAUGGGACGCCCCAGGGGGUCGGCGCCUCUUCGACCUCUCUGCACCUCCCAGAGGAGAGAAAGAUCUCCAAUGAUGAGCGGGCGGCAGCGGUGGGAGGGGGAGGAGUCCCGCAUCACCACCACUCCCAGCAGUCCCUCCCCCAGACGGUGGUGGACGUGUCGGCGCUGGACGAGCUGCUCAAACACAUCCACGAGGUCAGCGCGUCGGGAACCGGCGGCAUCAAGGUCCUGACCUCCACCUCCUCUUCCUCGCUGUUCCCCGGGUCGUCCGGCUCCACCGCAGGGCACCAUCACAGCCACCAUCACCACCACACACAGACGCGCACGCACCACUACAACCACGGCCAUCACCAUAGCAACCACCACCAUCACCAGCAACAGAAUGAGGCCGCGUCCUACCACAGCACCUCUGCGCUGCCGAGCGACGGCCUCCCCAAACGCAUCGACCCUCCUCCUCAGAACACCACCUCCUCCUCAUCUUCAUCCUCCUCAUCCUCAAACAACCCCACCUCCUCCACCUCCAUCCCCUCAUCCUCCUCCUCCUCGUCCUCCACUCCGCUCCAGCAGCAAGUGAUUCCAGAACGACCUGGAGGAGGCGGCGGCGUCUCCGUGACGCGCCACCACUCUCAGCGUCACUCCCUCAUCAGGAUGGGCAGCGGGAGUGGCGCCGUGCCCCGCCACCACAGCUUCAACCAGCGAGGGCCGCAGCAUGCUCACUUCCUCGCCAGGAUGAACACUAACAACAGCAGCAACAACAGCGGUGGCCCCGCCCCCGCCAACAGCAAGCAGCCGUCGGUGGCCAGCGCCUGCCUCACACGGCAACACAGCUACAGCGAGGGGCCGCACGCCCAGCGGGCAGCCGUCGUCCGGAGAACGGUGUCGCUCAAACCCCAGAUCCCUCCUAAACCACUCUUCCUGCCAAACACAGCCACGUCACCGGGCGCAGAGGCGGGAAAGUACAACUACUGAGGCUGCCGGGCACCGCGCCGACAUGGCCGCUGCUGUCCUUAGACGCCUGCCGGGCUGGUGAGAGAGGAUGAGAGGAGAGCGCCGAUGGGCUGGAGACACAAAAGAGACCCAGAGCUUUUUGUCGCCAUCGCUCCUCGUUACCACCCCUCAGCCGUGCUUGCUGCCCCGCCGCUGAGAGGACGCCGUCCGUCGCCACUCGAGCAUCUCUGGCUCAUUGAAAGGGGCGGGGCUCGAAACCAGCACGAACUACUAAACAUUCCAGAGGCGGCUCGAGGUGGCCACAGAAUUCCAGAUUAAUGCAGUUUUCUUCGGAGCACUUUGAUGCGACAUCCUGUCGUCGGGCCCGGAUUUCAUUCGCCAGGAUCGUCAGCAAACCUGAACCCCGCAGCAGGGGCGGCUCCCGUCCCCGUGGGGGGCGCAGACUUGUGUUUUCAGCAGCACUCUGAGGACAGACCACCUCGGUCUUUUAUACCAUAUUGGUAUCUGCAGGUCGCCCAGCAGGUGUGAUAACCGUCUCCACAUCACUACAACGACCCUCUUGCAUUAACGCCUGCUGAGCGUCACACCCAGACCCCCGCGGGUCGUUUCAGGCCCUGCACUCGUCUGAAGGGGGCGUGUUUUCUCUUCACCAGCUGAGCGCACACUGUGGAAACUUUAACAAAGUUUGCUCUUAAAUUGGUGUUUCACCCAAAUUACUGCCACACUCAUGCUCCCACUGACCUCCCAGGGUGUCCGGGGUCCGGCGCCCACGAGGGCGGAGCAGAGGCAGACUCGUCACCUCAGCUAUGCUCUGUAACCCCGCCCGAGGCUGGUGAUGCGUUCAGGUACCUGUUAAACCUUUGAAAUGUGAAAAUGUGUGCAGGCAUGAAACAACCCAGAGUCUGGGAGAGGGGGCGUGGCCUGUUGUCUGCCGUGGCGGAGACAUUUCAGUCUGACUUCAGUCUCACUCUGCACCUUCAUUAAAAACUACAUUUCCCAGCAGGCAGUGGGAACGUGAGGAUUCUGUUGGUGGUAAUUUGGGUGAAGGUCUGCUUUGCUUCGGUCUGUGGGAGGGUUUCCUUCCAGCUGAAGAACAGUGGAUCAGCUGCUUUGUCUUUACCUCGGUGUUUGUUAGCGGCUCUGCCGGGUUCUGUUUCCGCCGCCGGGCUCAGGCAACACAGGUGAGACCGCAGAGCGGACCCUGCAGACCAGCGGGUGACGUGACGCCGGCUCUCCGUGUUGCCUCAGCGUGGAUGCACCUGGACGCACUUUCAGGUCUGUUAGCAUCAUUGUCCACAGACGGAUUCAGUUUCUGACUUGUGCGCUGAACACCUGAACACCUGCUUCAUGUCACAAACCCUAAAGCUGCAGCUCUUUUAACUACACUGAGGCACAAACACUCAGAGCGCCACCAGUGAGCCGCACGGGCAGCGCCGCUAAACGAAGCAAUAAAUGUAAAAGAGAUGAUUCAGGACCUCUGCGCCUGCUCGUUCAGACCAUAAAACACGAAGAGUUUCAGAUAUAAACACCAGUAAUCUCGUCACAUGUCCAAAAACAGCUGGCAUCAACUUUCAAAUCCAGUCAUUCGAGCUUUGGCGUGGCGCUGCUACUACUUUAUCUCAUUUAUGCCCAAAUAGUUUGAGGGUUUCUGGCCCGCCUGGCUGGUUAGGGACAGCGCCGGGGUACAUCAGGCAGUCGUACUAACCAGCACAAGUUUGAGACGUAGGCUUGAAUGCAGAACACGCGGCUGUGACGUGUAGUCGUCUGAGCGAACUGACUUCUCCCCGCGGUCCACAGCGGAGGACGAGCUCUGCAUCAACACGAUGCAACACGCAGCUGAGAGCGAGCCGCGGUGCGUGAUGCGUUUGUUGAGGUUAAAUAAAAGAGGCCAAAGCGCGAUGGUUGCUGCUCACUGUACAGGGAUUCAUGCCACAGCGUUUGAGGCGCUUACAUCAUCCUCUUUCAUCUCGCCUGAUUCAAACAGUUUGAAAUACUGUAGUCACCGCAGAUUACAGCUGCUGUGGUCACUGAAGGAGGCUGCCGCAGGACUCGGAGGCUAAAUUUACUGCCAAUCCCACCCUCUGCUCUCAGCAGGGGAUUCUGCAGAAAAAGAAACGGCGUUUAAAAACGAGCCGAACGGGAAGGUUCGGGCGUUUGUGGCAUCACUGCAGACGCACCUCUGUGAACACCGACCCGUUAGACACCGAGCGUUUCUCCAGGCACGGCUUUGGAGAGGAUAUCUGAGAGGUGUCAUCCAGCCGUGACACCUAACGUACACGUCAGGAAAAGGAUGACGAACAAGGUUCAGUCAAACACUCAGACUGUCCUUAAACGCACCAACAUGGAGAGUUUUCAGGUCUGGAUUGUUAAAAAUAAUGCAAAAUAGAAUAGAACUGUCCUUCCUCAUGGCUCUGUGCCGACAGAGCAAACCUGUCGAUACGCAUUAUUAUUAUUAUUAAUAAACAAUAAGCCAAAUUUAAUUCAUUGAGAUGCCAAAUUGUGUCUGUUUCUCUCUCUGUCAGCUGAAUAUCUUAAACAGAGCGACGGCUGUUUGAACCACAGACACGCCUGAACGCGUCGCCUCGGAAACUAAAACAACUUUUUUGCCUUUCGCAUUCGUCCAAUCGGUGGAAAAGGUAAAACACUGAUUAAUGGAAAACAGGGAGGGCUGCGUAUAAACACCAAAGUGUCACAUCGAGCUUUUUGUAUUUGAAUUUUCCUUCAGAUGAAAAUGCUGCUUUAAUGUUUUGCUCAGAGUUCUGGUUCUGGUUCAGUUGGUAACAAAUCCGUGGUCCUGCUAACGUGCCGUAGAUAAUUGGCUGAACGCUCCUUUAGACCUGCGGCGAGCCGCUCCAACCUUCACACAGCACAAACACCACGUCAGAGUCUGUGAGCAGUGCUGAACUCUCCAAAAUCACGUGUCAAUCUUCAAAGGUCCUUUAUGAAUGUUUCCACUGGGUGCUGCUAGGGGGCGCCGCAGAGCAUAAAGACUUUGGCGUAUUUUAUAAAGGUUUUGUAUGAGAUGCACUUGUAACCUUGAAAAUGAUUUUGUUUAUUCGUUUCGUGGUUCUCUUCCUCUGAAGUGCUGAGAGGAGCAGAGACGCUGUGGACUCACAGCGCCACCCGGUGGGCUACGCUGAAAUGACAAUGUAAUAAUGUCACACACUAUUAUGUUUACCUUACUGCUAUUAAUUAACAAUGUGGAUGACGGUGUAAAUAAAGGCUACUGUGGAAUAGUA